UCUUCAAGGCAACAAUGACAGUGAGUGACCAUGCUGCUAUGGCCUUGCCGUCAGUCAGAAUGGUUCGUGUUCUGAGCUAGGUGCGUUCACACCGAUUCUGAGACGGUUUGCUCGCGUUCUGACUGAACGAUCCCUUACAACACACUCGUUCUUACUCCUCACUCUACAAUUGUCACACUCUAGUCUAGCUUGGUCCAUUUCCCUUGCAAUUUAGCAAGCGAUAGCGUCCGACGCUAGCGAGAGCCUUCAAAGGUUCCGUGUGCCGCUCGCUCAGAACCAGACCAGCCCUUAAUUCCCGCUGGGCUCCCGCUGACCACCGAAACUCCCAAUCCCGACAUAGCGGCAGCAGCAUCAAUAGCAGCAGCAGCAGCAGCAUGACUCAAAGUCUGAGGGGCUUCUGUUUGACUCCUGUGUUGCGGCGAAAACGCGGUCACCGAAGAAACCGCUUCCCUACAAACACCAACCACAGCAUGACCUCUCACAGCAUCAAUACCACCAGAUCCAGCACCAGCAGCAGCAGCAGCAGCAGCACCAGCAGCAGCACCAGCAGCAGCACCAGCAGCAGCAGCAGCAGCAGCAGCAGCAGCAGCAGCAGCAGCAGCAGCAGCAGCAGCAGCAGCAGCUGCACCAGCACCAGCAGCACCAGUUGCCCCAGCAGCACGAGCAGCAGCGGUGCUGGCAUCCCCAUGGCUGUCACCACUGCCAUCACCGUCGCCGUGGUCGCCAUCAUCUCAGUGCUUUCACCGCUUCCCUUCCUGCCAGGGACGCAUGCUGCCCCGGUGGCAAAAGCGCAAUGGUCGAUCCUCCAGGAGCUGAAGCGUGAGUGGGGCGCAUUCAACGGCAGCGAGACGUGGUUUCCCACCAAUGACUGUCUCAACGUCAAGGGCGUUGCCUGCGAUGGCUUUGGCAACAUCUUCGCCAUAGACCUCCUUGGCAAGGGGCUCAAGGGCUCCAUACCCACCAGCAUCGGCACCAUCGUUGACCUGCAGUUCCUGAUUCUGAGAAAUAAUGAGCUCACAGGGCCCCUCCCACCGUCUUUCGCCGGCUCUAUGAACGAGCUGGAUCUGGGGUUCAACCAGCUCAGCGGCACAAUCCCUGCAAAGUACAGCCGGCUCGGAGGCUUGAUGCGACUCCGGCUGGACAACAACCAGCUCACAGGCUCGAUUCCUGUGGAUAUGCUGACAGUCCUGCGCAACCUUGUAACCCUUCGUCUUGACGGCAACCAGCUAACGGGCACCAUACCCAGCUUUCUUAGCAACCUCGAGCUGCUCACAGACCUUGGCCUGAACAACAACCAGCUCUCGGGGUCUUUCCCAACCACGUUCGACAACCUCCGUGGGCUCCGAUCUCUGGACUUGAGUGGCAAUCAGCUGUCGGGAAGUCUGCCUUCACAUGUCGGCUCUCUGUGCCAGCUCCAGUCUUUGUCCCUGGCCAACAACGAGUUCUCAGGCUCAAUCUUCAAUGACAUCAGCAAUCUCACCGACCUCUACUCCUUUGAUCUCUCCAACAACCAGCUCUCUGACACCAUUCCUACAGAAAUAGGCUACCUCAGAUCGUUGCGGUUCCUAGAUCUCUCCAACAACCAGCUCUCUAACACCAUUCCUGCGGAGCUAUCCAACCUCUAUUCGUUGAUGUACCUGCAUCUCAACGGAAAUGAGCUCACUGGGGGGGCCCCAUGGCAGCUGAGUAAUCUGAUAAACCUCCAAGAGCUGUCAGUGGCGGGAAACCAGCUCGGAGGCGGUGUGGACGCAGUGCUAUCCAGCUUCACCGCUCUCACUGUGCUAGACAUGUCCAAUAAUAACUUCAUGUUUUCCCUUACAAUGGAAAUCAGUAGACUCAGCCGACUGCAGUACCUUAACUUAUCCUGGAAUUCGAUUGAUGGCCCCAUUGUGGAUGAGAUUUCUGCUCUCACUGACCUCUCCGUGCUGGACCUGAGCAACAAUCAGUUUUACGGGCAACUGCCAGCACAGCUAAGCCCCUUGGCUUCUCUCCGACACCUCAAUAUGGGUGGUAAUUCCGGUCUGGCGGGAACCUUCCCUGACCCAGUGACAACUGUCACUACCCUCACCUUCCUGGGCCUGUCAAACUGCCUAAUCUCUGGGGAACCUCCCAUUGACCUCACCAAACUUGUGAAGCUUGAGUCGCUUGAUCUCAGCAACAACAAUUUUCUUUCCUCCAUUCCCAAUUUCCUCGUCGACUUCCCUCGUCUUAAGUCACUGUGUGUGCAUGGGGAUCUAAGUAAGGCUCUUUUUUCAGGGCCCAUACCUGCACCGUCAGUCCUCAACACUGCAUUCACCUACCUCAAUCUGGCAGGGAAUUCUCUCACAGGGUCUGUUCCCGCGGCCAUUUCCAAUGUCGCUGGUGCAGUCACCAUUGAUUUAUCGGCCAAUUCAAUCGAUGGCUCCAUUCCUGCCUCUAUUUCCACACUCAACAAGUUGCAAGAUCUAGUACUCACGUCCAACCAGUUAUCUGGCCCUCUCCCUCCGACUCUCAGUCGCCUCACUAGCCUCACCAAGUUGGAUCUGAGUUUCAACCAGAUAUCAGGGCCACUACCCACCACCCUUAUUUUUGCUACUGCUCUCUCCCACCUUGACCUGAGCAGCAACCUAUUCUCUGGCUCUCUUCCUCUGGCCUACAGCCGGCUCUCUCAGCUCUCUAACCUGGCCCUGUCGUCCAACCUUCUCUCUGGCUCCAUCCCAGAGCCCCUUAUCGCCACCCUCACAAGGGCACUGCAGCUGAGCAUGAGUAACAACCAGCUGUCCGGCAACAUGCCUUCGUCUCUCUCCCGCCUCACCAAGCUCACCAACCUGAACCUGAGUUUCAACCGACUAUCGGGCACCGUGGUGUCAUCCAUCAGUACCCUCUCUGCGCUUGAGUUGCUAGCGCUUUCCAACAAUGCUUUCACGGAGACCAUUCCAGCAGCAGCCAUCGCACAGAUCACAAAGCUGCAGAAGCUUGACCUCAGCUACAACCAGCUAUCGGGAACAGUGCCUGCAGCUGUCACUGCUCUAGAUGCCAUCACUAGCAUUGACUUGAGCCACAAUGACUUGACUGGGCCCCUCCCUACCAGCAUCAGCAUAAUGGCCGACCUCAAGUCCCUCAAUCUGAGUGGCAACAGCCUCACUGGCUCCAUACCAUCGCACUACUCUGCCCUCACCAACCUAGAGGCCCUGAACCUCUGCUGCAACCGGCUGAAUGGCACGCUGCCCACAUUUCUUGGAGGGCUUUUGAAACUGGAGGCUAUUGACCUGAGCAGCAACCGUCUGUCUGGCACCAUCCCUGUACUCUACACCGGGCUUGUCCGACUCACCCUCCUCAACCUGCGCAACAACCAGCUGACAGGACCCGUCCUGGAGCCCAUCCCCGCCUCCCUCACAAGCUACCGGCUCGACAACAACUACUUUUCCUCGGGCUUCUCGUCCCCCCCCAACUGCGCGCAAGGCACCAUCACCUUCCGCUUCAACUGCCUGGACACCGCCACCCUCCCGGGCUACACCUGUCCCACUCCCGCUGAUCCCACGGGAACUGCAGCAGCAGUGCAGCGGGCUGAGGUGCUGUGUGCGGCGUUCUGCGGCGUGAGUGCUGCUGCCCCCCCGUGUGGGGGGCAUGGCUCGUGUUACCUGGAGGGGUCGAGCAGAGUGCCCACGUGUGACUGCGACCCGGGGUUUGUGAAUGGGGAGCUGCCUGCCAGCUGCGUUGCUGAAGGCAGCAAGGAGGGUGCGCUAGUGGCCCUGCAGCCAACAGCUGCACAGACAGGAGUGAAGGGCGGGGCAGCAGUGGCCAGCAACGGCGCCAUCACCCUCACUGCCUCCCAGCCCAACACUUGGGGCGCAGCAUUCUUCAUCGUCCCCGUCAACCUCUUCUCCUUCUCCCUUAAAGCCGGCGCCUGUGGCCGCACAUUUGCCUUCACCGUCUACUUCUCCUUCACCAUUCUCAAACCCGCCGCCGCUGCUGCUGCUGGGGACGGGUUUGCCUUUGUGAUCGCAGCGAGUGACGCUGCGACAGGCGGGAGCAGCGGCAGUACGGACGGCAGUGGCGGCGGGGGCAGCUUGGGGUAUUCAGGCAUGGAUGAGCGAAGCAUAGCAAUAGAAUUCGAAACUGUCAAGACCACUGAUAGCAACGACCCAGACAGCAACCAUGUGGGAUUUAGCGCCAGAGGCAAUACCACUUCCAUUGUGACAGCCAAGGCACCCGUGACUCUCAAUGACGGCAAGCCCAAGCAUGCCUGGAUCGUGUUCGAUCCGUCUCCUCCCUCUUCUUCCUCUUCCGCUGCCUCUACCUCUAGCGCUGGGUCGAGUGCCAGCAGCAACAGUACCGGCUCGCUGCAUGUGUUUCUAUCUGGCAAAGCCUCGCCCCGGCCGGCUAAGCCAGCGCUGUCGGUGCAGGUGUCUCUGUGCGAGUUCCUCCGGCCCACACUUAUCGAGUCCGCAUUCCGCAUGGGGUUUGCUGCGUCCUCGUCUGACCCCCCCCAGCAGCACUCUGUCCUCUUUUGGAACAUCAGUGCAGGUCUGCAAGAACCAGCGCCACUCACAGGCCAGCAGUUUGGGUUCCGGAUCAGCGAGUCAUCCAUCUCACCAGGGGGGGCGAACCCUUUCUUCCGCUAUGCCAGCGCGGGCGUGCAGGCAGCAGGGGGAGGAGGAGGUGACGAGGAGGUGUGGGUGGUGAGUGAGGCGUUUUCGUGGACUGGCCCGAGCAUGCUGUGGCCCGUCAAGAACCAGGGCGCAUGCGGCGACUGCUGGGCGUAUGCAGUGGUGGGCAGCAUCGAGGCGGCCUACAGCAUCCUCUUCAACCUCUCAGCAGCGCCGCUCCUCUCCGUCACGUACCUGCGCUCCGCCCUCGGCUCCUCCUGCGACCAGGGCAACUCGCCCUCGCAAGCCUUCCAGUAUCUGGUCACCCUCAACGCCAAGAGCAAAGUGGGCCUCACGGAGGAUGGCAAGGAGGCGGCGGUGGCAAAGGGAGGGAAGAAGAAGAAGGGGGGGAGUCCGAGCCCGCUGUGCAGCGUGCCUGUAUUUGGUCAGCUGUUGAAAUCGCUUGGGAUAUCGUGCACUGGAGGGCGGGACUCUGGAUCGAGCAAGCUGUCAGGGGGGCGGUUCAGGGUGGACGGGUUUGAGCGCACGGCGUUCCACGGCUGGUUCGGGCUGCUGCUGGCCGUGCAGCGCCAGCCGGUGGUGGUGCAUAUAGAGGCCACUGCUCCCUCCUUCCUGGACUACGAUGGGCUCUUCAAGUACCAGGACCCAGAGUGCUUCUCCUACAACCUCAACCACGUGGUGCUGCUGGUGGGGUACCGCCUUAUAGGCUUUGAUCCCACCUUCCCCCACAUGGUGCCGCCCUUCUGGAUCAUCCGCAACUCGUGGGGGCCGGAGUGGGGCGACAGGGGCCACAUGCGCAUGGACAUCCAGGGCGGGGAUGGGGUGUGCGGGAUCAACACCCUGCCUGGGAUUUACCCGGUGGUGAGGGAUGCUGCAGACCCGUGUAAUUUGCAGGGGAGGAGCAGUGAGGUGUUUGGGUCUCUGUUCAACCCGUGUGGGAGUUUCAAGUGCACGCCGGAUGGGGCCAGCAACCGGUGUGAUUGCAACGACCCACGAUUCGUGGAGGCUAAAAACGCGGAUGGCUCGCGCACUUGUGCAUACAAGGAUGCGUGCCGGGCGUCGGUGCAUAACCCAUGUGCGGUGGGCACGUGUGUGAAUGACGGCAAGGGCUCGUACUCAUGUGUGUGCCCCCCGGGCUUCAGGCAGGGCACCACUGUGGAUGGCACCUUCUCCUGUGGUCCAGGCGACCCCAGCAGCACGUACAAGGUGGUAUCUGAGGGCCUCACCUGCGCUGACAUCCACCCCGUGUACGGGCUCACUCUCAUCCAGUUCCAGCAGCAGAACCCGAAACUGGACUGCAGCGCACCACUCCCUGACACCACAGUGGUCAACGUCAGACAGAUGGACAGCCUCACUCCCUGCUCUGUCUACUACACCACGUCUCAGGGCGACACGUGUGAGUCCCUAGCAGCCUACUUCUCUCUCUCCACCGGCUGCCCAACCGACCAGCCCUGCACAGACGCCUUCCAAGCACUCAACCCAGGCCUGGACUGCGCCACCAACAGCGGGCAGCUCUCCCCCAGCCAGGCGGUGUGUGUGGAGCGGCGGGCGCAGAGCGCAGCUUCCCUGCUCAUCCCGGUGUGCUCGCAGUACUUCCUGGUGCAGGCUGGGGAGACGUGUGAGCAGAUCCGGUCUGUUCCGUCUACGCCGCUCACCCCGCUCGAGUUCUUCCGCCUCAACCCCGGCAUCAAGUGCAGCCGCCUCGUGCCCAAGACUGAUAUUGGUAGCUUCACUGGCUUUGAGGCGUGCAUAGGUAGCUCGCUCAGCUUCACUGCAGGAGUGUGCCCCAGGAGCCAGGCAUACGUGGUUGGCACAGGCGACCGCUGCACCGCAUUGCAGAUCAAGUAUUUCAAGGGCAUCAAAGGGUGUUACAAGCGCAUCAACGGCUACGAGUGCCUUGAUAGACUCAUCACUACCACCAGGGUCUGCAUUCCGGACCAAGUGAAGAUCAAGAAAGGGAGAUGCACCGUUUAACAUGGUGUUUGCACUAACGGCAUAUUCAUAUGGCCUCGCGUCAGACUAAUGCGGUUCUGCGCAGACAAUGCGGUGCGCCAUGGUUCGUCGCGAGUGUGACGCGAGGUCAGGUCUGAUGUGAGCUGUAGGAAUGCACCCUGAGACCGUGUUCCUACAGCCUCUUCCCUGACCAACCCCUUCUGAGACCGGCGUCAUGCUGCAUUGCACUGCGUUGAACCAACUCGCUUCAAAAUUGCACUGUACUGUUGCUCGUGCCUCUCGGUCAGAAGGGCAAGUUUAGGAAGAGGCUGUAGGUGUAAGUAAGAACAAGCAGUGCCGUCCUGGGUUACCCUGGUUUGUAGUCUAGCUGACUGGUCUUCGGACCCUUGCCUCAGAGGUUGGACUAGUAGUGCCACCAUGAGCUGCGUGUCUCUUGCCCGGCAUUGCCCCUCAUCUGGUCUAGGGGGUGUGUCAAACAUGUGUAUAUGUUACAAUAGGCUAGAUAGGUGUGUACUCUUAGAGAGUACAAUCCCUUAGCACAAAACUACCGUGUAUCUCACAUUCUAGUUACUUCGCUA